GUGUCAGUGAUCAGCACACAAAUCCAAGACAGAAGCUAAAACAUGGCAUUAGUGGAAGAGGACUUCCCGCGUGGGGGAAAAGCAAAGAAAACUGCUGAGAAUAAAGCAGUGGUGCCACAGACAACGGUGGACAACCUGUUCCAGACACACAAACCAAAAGAAACCACCAAGAGAAAGGGAGUGAGUAAAGAGGAUGGCAAAAAAGCCAAGAAGCAAAAGACGGGCAAAGAUGCUCUGACACUAAACGUAGCACCCAAAUCUGUGGAAAUUCUACAUUUCAAGAAUAUCAAGGAGGGUAUGCUGAUGCUCGGUUGUGUGAAGGAGGUGUCUGACUUUGACGUGACAGUCAGCCUUCCCUGUGGAGUGCAAGGUUUUCUCGGCAUCAAAAACAUCUCUGACACUUACACAAAGCUGCUUAGUGAGCAACUAGAUACUGAUGACACAGAGGAGUUCUGUUCUCUGCCCCACCUCUUCAUCCCUGGCAUGGUCCUCAGGUGUGUGGUAGCCAGGAUAGAUGUAACCAAGGGAGGCUCUGUAAGCAUCCAACUGUCAAUCAAUCCCAAGCUUGUCAACAAGGCUCUAACAUCAGGCUCACUGAAAGCUGGCAUGGUUCUUAGUGGCUGCGUGGAAAGUGUGGAGGACCAUGGCUAUAUAGUGGACAUUGGCAUCAGUGGCACAAAAGCCUUUCUGCCCCAGCAGGCAGUGAAAGAUAUACAUAACAAUCCUGCAGAGCUGAAGGUGGGACAGUAUGUGACUUCUAAACUGGAGGAGGUAAAGAACGACGGACGUGUGGUCCGCCUAACUGUCAGCCCCCUGGCCCUUGCCCAAGCCUGUGCUGAAACGCAGCAUGGCUGGAGCCUCACUAACUUGCUGCCUGGGCUUCUUGUCAAAGCCCAGAUCCAAAAGGUCACCAAACAUGGUCUGAUCCUGAACUUUCUAUCCUCAUUCAGUGGCCAGGUGGACUUCCUCCACAUGGAUCCCAAGCAAGCAUCCACCUACGCUGUUGCAGAUGAGGUGCGAGCCUGUGUAUUGUAUAUGGAGCCAUCCACUCGUUUGGUGGGUCUUUCCCUACGCAACUACUUGAUUCAUCCUGGGACAACAGUAGACGCCGCCCCUCCUGGUGGUGACCGCAUCGGUGAGGUAGUCGAGGGCUGCAAGUUGACCGCAAUGCACCACUUGUCUGGAGCCAUGCUCGAACUGCCCGACAAAACAGUGGCAUUUGUACACAAGAACCAUUUGAAGGAGUCACACUUGCCUGCAAAAGACAACCAACUAAUGAAUGUCGCUGAGCACACCUGCAGGAUCAUGGAUUUUAGCCCUAUGGACCAGCUCUACUUUGUUAGCCUCCGCAAGAGUGUGAUUGAAAAGCUUUUCUUCAGAUAUCAUGACCUUCAGGCUGGACAGCUUGUGGAGGGCACAGUGUCAGCCUUGCAGGGCUAUGGGAUGAUGGUGAAUCUAUCUGACUGCAUUAAAGGUAUGGUGCCUCGAACGCAUCUGUCUGACAUUGUCCUCCAACACCCAGAGAAGAAAUACACAGAGGGCAUGAAGGUGCAAUGUCGGGUGCUGUCAGUGGAUGCAGAGAAGAAGCAACUGAAACUAACCAGGAAGAAGACUCUGGUGCAAUCCACUCUACCAUUGUUCCUCAGCUACUCAGAUGCUCGACGCGGCCUUGUCUCCCAUGGCUGUAUUGUCUGCAUCAAGGACUUUGGAUGCAUUGUGCGUUUCUACAAUGAUGUCAAGGGCCUGGUGCCGGUCAAUGAGCUGAGUGCCACAUUGGUCCUUAAUCCCAAAGAGGUGUUCUAUAUUGGACAGGUGUUAAAGGUUCAAGUCCUUCAUUGUGACCCAGAGAGUAAGAAACUGGUGCUGUCAUUUAAGGCUGUGAUAGAGCGAGACACUGAGACACCCCCCAAGCCCAUAGUUGACUUUGAAGCAGGCAAGAAAUUGGAGGCCAAGGUGUUGAGAAAGUCACUCAACGGAGUGGAGGUGGGUGUCCUCCCAGAGGAGACCCACAUCUUGCUGUCAACCAUGCACCUUUCUGAUCACACCUCCAAUUGCCUUCUACUUUGGGAGGCUCUACGGGAAGGAGACAUCAUUUCUGACCUGGUCUGCCUCAGCAACAACAAACAGAAAAUCACGCUUACCAAGAAGCCUAUCAUCAAAUGGUCCCUGGAGGAGGGACUGGUUGCCAAGAAUUUCUCUGACAUUACAGUUGGCAUGCAACUGAUUGGCUGGAUAAAGAACAUCAUGCCCUAUGGUGUCUUUGUGGAGUUCCCAUAUGGCCUUUUUGGUCUCGCUCCUAAGUCGGCCAUGAGUGACAAGUUCAUCAUGGAUACAGCAUCCGCCUUCCAGUUGGGUCAGACUGUGUUUGCUAAAGUGACCAACCUGGAUGUGGAGAAACACCGUUUUCUGGUCACCCUUAAGGUGUCAGAAGUCAUUGUGCCCAAGGGCGAUGCCCAGACCAGACUUAUCAGAGGUCUGCAAGAAAGGAGGGCUGUGGCUGAAAUAUUGGCUAGCAGAGCCAACUCAGAACACUGCCAGCAGUUGUCUGCGUUGUGUGUUGGUCAGAAGCUGAAGCUGUCUGUGGAUGAUGUAGAAGACGGUGGCGGUGCCACCUUCAAGUCUGAUGAUCUGACUGACACCGUGAUACAAGCGACAAAGCAUCAUGUAAUGGGUGCAAACUUGACCCCAGGACAGAAAGUCACUGCAGUCAUCCUCUAUGUUGACAUCCUGUCUUCUCGUGUCUUUGUGUCUGUUCUCCCCAAGCUAGUAGGAAAGAAGAAAUCUUUAGCCGAAGGGUCAAGUUACAUGGUGAUUGUGCAGCACAUAGACAAGGAGUUUGCUGUCAUCUCUUUGGAAGAAACAGCCCAGCUGACUGUGAUCCAGUCCACCGGCCAUUUAAAUGAAUUGGAGUUGGAGAAGCUGAAACUGGGAAUGUAUCUGAGGAGUACUGUGAUAGAAUCCAGCUGUGAGGAACUAGGAGGGCUCCCCCUGGUGUCCUGGGAACGCGUCAAUCGAAAACACCAUCGCAUGCCCUCAGAAAGUCAGACCUCGCACAAGGGUUACUGCUACGGUGACAUAGUGAAGGGCAGGGUGAGGACAGUGAAGCCCACAUGUGUACUGGUGACUCUGGCGGAUGGAAGCACAGGCAGCGUGCACGUGUCAGAGGUUUCAGACGGAGCGUGCCUGGGCACCUUCCCCACGUCCUCGGUCAAAGUGGGCAGUGAAGUCACCGCCAUGGUUAUUGGAGGCCGAGAGGCCACUAGCCACAGAUUCUUGCCCUUCUCCCAUGCUAAAUUCAAAUACACAACUCCUGAGCUUACACUUCAGCCCAGUAAACUGGACAAAGAUGUAGACCCUAAACCUCUGACUACACAAGAAAAACUGAGCCGCUACAAGGCCGGGGAAGAAAUUAGAUGCUUUGUAUCAAAGUAUUACCCGGAGAGGAAGUUUUUGGAGGUCACAGUGGAUCCUUGUAUAACAGGGACUGUCGAACUGUUGGCCAUGAUAACAGAUGUUAAAUAUGCCAACCAUCCAGAAAAGCUGUAUAAGCUGGGCCAGGCAGUCAGUGGCUUCGUGGUGGAGGUGACCCCCAAACCGCAGCGCCUCAUCGUGUCUCUCACUGGCAUCCACAUGCUGGAGAAGGGCAGUGUAACUUUGGGCAUGGUCAACAAUGUUCAGCCACACGUGGGCCUCCAGGUCAAGCUUCCCUUUGGUGGCAAAGGAAUUGUUUCCGUUAUGGACCUGGCUGACAACUACCGGCCAAAACCCCUCGAUGCUUACAGCAAGGACCAGCUGAUCAGGUGUUACCUUAUUGGGAAAGAAAAUGACAAGUGGCGAUUGUCUCUCCGUCCAUCAAGGCUGAACCCAGAGCAGGCCAAGCCAGUGAAAGACCCAGAAAUCUCAUCCAUUGAAGAGCUGAAGGUGGGCCAGAUUAUCAGAGGCUAUGUCAAGUCUGUGGGAGAGCAAGGUAUCUUCAUCAGGUUGUCUCAGUCCAUCAUUGGAAGAGCACAGCUCCAGCAGUCCACAAAAUACUUUGUGUCCAGCCACAGCAUUCUCAAAGAGAACCUGCCACUCAACACCCUACUCACUAUAAAGAUCCUCAGUAUUGAGAAAGAGGAGCAGCUGGUCAACCUCUCCCUCCUCCCCGAGGACACCGGUAAACCAGAUGUGCUCCCAGAAUCCCUUGCUCUGCCACUGCGUCUCGUGGGAGUGAAGAAGAAGGAAUAUGAUGUUAAGAGGGAGAGGAAACGAGUCCUGUCCCAGAGCCUGGUCACAAAAAAGGAUCAGACAGAUGAAGUCCCCAAGAAGAAGAAGAAGAAAGCAAAGAAAGGAUCAACUGAAGACAAUGACAGUGGGGUUGAAGUUUACUUCAGGGAAGGGGAGGAUGAGAAGAAGGAACAGCCAAUACCAGGGCCAUCAAAGCAGGUGAAACCGAGCCCAGUGGGUCCGGCCAGACUCCAGGUGUCAGCAGGUUUCUCCUGGGAUGUGGGACUGAACACCUUGAAGCCGGCCUCUGUAGCCCAGGAGGGAGACUCCAGUGAUGGGGAGGAUCAUGAGAAGAGCACCAAGCCUCAGAAGAAGUCUCGCCAUGAGCUAGCGCUGGAGAAGAAGGAAGCAGAAAAGGCCUUGUUUCAGCGGGAGGCCGAGCUGAUGGAUCCCAACCUGAGGCCCCAGGAUGCGGGGGCCUUCGAGCGCCUGCUCCUGGCUUCCCCCAACAGCUCACUGCUCUGGCUUCAGUACAUGGCCCACCAUCUGCAGGCCACUCAGAUUGAGCAGGCUCGUGCCGUGGCAGAGAGAGCCCUCAAAACCAUUUCCUUCAGAGAGGAGCAGGAGAAGCUGAAUGUGUGGGUGGCCUUGCUGAACCUGGAGAACCUGUAUGGCUCGGAUGAGAGCCUCAAAAAGGUGUUUGAGCGGGCGCUGCAGUUUUGUGAGCCUAUGCCAGUCUACCAGCAGCUGGCUGACAUCUAUGCCAAGUCAAACAAGACCAAGGAGGCUGAGGACCUGUAUAAGAAGAUGGUGAAGCGUUUCCGUCAGGACAAGGCGGUGUGGCUGAGCUAUGGGGCCUUUCUGCUCCAGCAAGGCCAGGGUGAUGCCACCAGCGCUCUUCUGCAGAGGGCACUCAAAAGUCUGCCCUCCAAAGAAAGCGUGGAUGUGAUUACCAAGUUUGCACAGCUGGAGUUCCGUUACGGUGAUGCAGAGAGAGCCCGCUCCAUGUUUGACAAGGUGCUGAGUAACUACCCUAAACGUACUGACCUGUGGUCCGUCUUCAUCGACCUGAUGAUCAAACAUGGAUCACAAAGCGAAGUUAGGGCACUCUUUGACCGUGUGAUCCACCUGAGCCUGGCUGUGAAGAGGAUCAAGUUCUUCUUCAAGCGCUACCUCGAAUAUGAGAAGAAGCACGGCACACCAGAGAGCAUUCAGGCUGUCAAAGAGAAAGCUUUGGAGUUCGUUGAAAAUAAAGUGACUGAAGCUGCUUGCUAGGGACAAAUGUACACAAACGUGCAAAUUAACAUGUAUAGACUGCAGUCUGUCAUGCUGAGUCUGGAUUUCGACUGGCAUGUCCUGGUUUCAGUUUGAUGAAGUGGACCCUCUAUUUAAGGAGGCAUACAUUGGAUCGUCCUCAAAACGUUGGCCUCUUCAUCGUGAUUUAGAUGACACUGAGAGAAAACUUUUUCACCUGUAACUGUGGAUAUUGUGAUAAUUGAUAGGAUUUUAUGCCAUUAUGUUAUGGAACACAAUAAGUUUUUGUAAGACAAUGUGAAGUGGGUCAUAACCCUCUUU